AUGGAUAGACUUGUAAGUUUGGAGCCAUCUAAUGCUGUGACAAUCAGGAUUGAAGCAGGGCAGAGGUGUUACGGUGAGCUGACUUUGCGUAACGUGAUGUACACGAUGCCUGUGGCGUUCCGGCUUCAACCGAUGAAUAAAACACGGUAUGCUAUUCGACCUCAGUCAGGAAUAAUCUUGCCUCUUACGACAGUAACCGUGGAGAUUACUUACCAAUGUUCGCCAAAUUCGAGCCUACCGGAUCACUUCCCACACUGUGAUGAUUCGUUCAUUUUGCAAAGUGUGGUGGCUCCCGGUGCAGCGGUUAAGGAUAUUUCAUCAACAUAUGAUUCGGUUCCGAGUGAGUGGUUCACCAAUAAGAAAAAACAAGUGUAUUCUGAUAGUGGGAUAAGGAUCUUGUUUGCUGGUUCCUUAAUCCUGGCUCAACUUGUGACCAAAGGCUAUAUGGAUGAGAUUAGAGAGGUGCUUGAAAAGAGUGAUCCUGGCUGGAAGGCUGCUGACUCUGUUGAUGCAGAUGGUCAGUCACUUCUUCACUUGGCUAUUGCUCAAAGUAGGCCUGAUUUGGUCCAAUUGCUUCUCGAGUUUGGGCCGGAUAUCGAGGCUCACAGCCGAGCAGGAUGCAGCCCUCUCGAGGCGGCUGCAGCCUCCAACGAGGGGUUGAUUGUCGAACUCCUGUUGGCACAUAAUGCCACCCCAGAAAGAUCGGAAUCCUCGACUUGGGGCCCAAUUCACCUUUCGGCAGGAAAUGGACACACUGAGGUACUAAGGCAUCUUUUACUCAAGGGUGCUAAUGUGAAUGCCCUUACGAAAGACGGGAACACGGCUUUACACCUUGCGGUUGAGGAGCGAAGAAGAGAUUGCAUGAAGCUACUCUUGGCUAAUGGUGCAAGUGCUAAUAUCCGAAAUGCAACUGAUGGCGAGACACCGUUACAUAUUGCCUCCAGUUUAGGCGACGAUCAAAUGGUCAAGAUUUUAAUCCACAAGGGAGCCAAUAAGGAUAUUAGGAGCAAACAUGGAAAGACAGCAUAUGAUGUCGCAGCUGAGAAUGGACACACUAGGCUUUUUGAUGCGCUUCGUUUAGGGGACAGCUUAUGCGUGGCUGCGCGCAAGGGGGAAGUGAGAAUGAUCCACAGGCUUAUUGAAAAUGGCGCGUCCAUUAAUGGGCGUGAUCAACAUGGCUGGACAGCCCUCCAUCGCGCCUCAUUUAAGGGCAGGAUCGAGGCUGUCCAGGCUUUAAUCGAGAAGGGAAUCGACGUUGAUGCUAAAGAUGAAGACGGUUAUACAGCCUUGCAUUGUGCAGUAGAAUCGGGACACCCAGAAGUUAUCGAACUGCUUGUAAAGAAGGGAGCUGAUAUUGAAGCAAGAACAAACAAGGGUGUUACUCCAUUGCAAAUUGCUGAAUCAUUGAGUUAUUUGGGUAUUAUUCGGGUACUAGUCCGUGGAGGUGCCACAAAAGAUGGUGUUUCACAGGUUUCUAAACAGAAUUCAGCGCCAUCUGAUAGGGGAAUUGGUGCUAGAAGACUGGAGAUUGGGACAAUCAAGAAAAAGACUAAUCGCACAAGAAUCCAUCGAAGUGGCUUUGAUCGAUCCUCCCCAUUAGCGGUCAUCUAG